CAGCUGCACAGAGACCGCCUAGCACCAUGCUGACUUCUCUUUGCUUCAUGUCGUUUCCCCCACGGUCCUUCUGUCUCGCCAUUGCUUCAUGAUUGACCUCCAGACUUCCGCUGUUGUCGUCCCUUUUCACGAGUACCCACCUCCCGCAGCUCGCUCGCCGGCAUAACCCCUGCCCCGAGGCUUUCCUACUCGACCUCACAUAUACCCACCACCGUCGCAUUGUCUGGAUAUCUUCCAAGUGGGAGUCGCCUACCCACUAAGCCUGCCAGUAUGGCUACGUCGGCCGCUGCGAAGAUGGCAUCGAGCGCCGGAGGGGUGUUCAGCCGGAACCAGUCGGGCAAUGUGCCAACUAUGAGAGGACUGGUGUCGUUUAUUGCAGAUUUAAGAAAUGCUCGAGCUCGCGAGCUGGAAGAGAAGCGGAUCAACAAGGAAUUGGCCAACAUCCGGCAAAAGUUUAGAGAUGGCAGCCUCAACGGCUACCAGAAAAAGAAAUACGUCUGCAAGCUCCUGUACAUAUACAUACUCGGCUGGAACGUCGAUUUCGGACAUCUUGAAGCUGUGAAUCUCAUCUCGGCCACCAAGUACUCGGAGAAACAAAUCGGAUACCUCGCAGUUACGCUAUUCUUACACGAGGAGCACGAACUGCUACAUCUGGUUGUUAACAGUAUCCGAAAAGACUUGUUGGAUCAUAAUGAGCUCAAUAACUGCCUGGCACUGCACGCGAUUGCGAAUGUUGGUGGUAAAGAGCUGGGAGAGGCAUUGAGCGCAGAAGUUCACCGACUACUCAUAUCUCCGGCAUCGAAAGCAUUUGUGAAGAAGAAGGCAGCUCUGACACUACUUCGCCUAUACCGAAAGUACCCCAGCAUUGUACAGAAUGAAUGGGCGGAACGGAUAAUAUCGCUCAUGGACGAUCCUGACAUGGGCGUUGCGCUCUCCGUUACCUCACUGGUUACCGCACUAGUCCAAGACAACACCGAACAGUACAGGGGGAGCUACGUGAAAGCUGCGAACAGAUUGAAGCGGAUCGUUGUUGACAAUGAGUGUGCGGAAGGCUACUUCUACUACAAGGUCCCAUGUCCAUGGAUUUUGGUCAAGCUUCUCAAGCUUCUCCAGUACUAUCCACCUCCCGAGGAUUCGCAUAUACGGAAGCUUAUUCGCCAAGCACUGCAGAAAAUCAUGGACUCCGCUCUGGACAUGCCAAAGAAUGUGCAACAGAACAAUGCGCAAAACGCCGUUCUCUUCGAAGCGAUCAACCUUGUGAUCCAUCUUGACACGGAACAAGAUCUAAUGGUCCAGAUCUCACAACGGUUGGGGAAAUUUAUCGCAUCCCGAGAAACCAACGUAAGGUACCUAGGUCUGGAAGCGAUGACCCAUCUAGCUGCUCAAUCAGAAACACUCGACCCGAUAAAGAAGCAUCAGGCCAUCAUCAUCGGCUCUUUAAGAGACCGGGAUAUCAGCGUGCGAAGGCAGGGCCUCGACCUUCUCUACAGCAUGUGUGAUCCGUCGAACGCUCAAGCGAUUGUGGGCGAGCUCUUACGAUACCUCCAGUCCGCGGACUACGCGAUACGAGAAGAGAUGGUCCUUAAGAUUGCAAUCUUGACUGAGAAAUACGCCACAGACGUCCAAUGGUAUGUGGACAUAUCGUUGCGUUUGAUCUCCAUGGCAGGCGAUCAUGUCAGCGAUGAAGUGUGGCAACGAGUGAUCCAAAUCGUGACGAACAACGAGGAACUCCAAGUUUAUGCCGCGCAGACAAUCCUACAGUACAUCAAGGCCGAUUGUCAUGAGACCCUAGUGAAAAUCGGCGGGUACCUUCUUGGAGAGUUCGGCCACUUGAUCGCUGAAACCAAGGGCUGCAGUCCAAUUGAACAGUUUAUGGCUCUAAGCGCGAAGAUGCGGGGCUGCUCAUCAAGUACAAGAGCGAUCUUGCUCUCUUCCUAUGUCAAGUUCGUCAACUUGUUCCCCGAAAUCAAACCGCAGCUCCUCCAAGCGUUCCGCGCCUACAGCCAUUCGCUCGACUCUGAGCUUCAGCAAAGAGCGUGCGAAUACCUGACCCUCGCGACAAUGCCAACGGACGACCUACUACGGACCGUAUGCGAUGAGAUGCCACCGUAUCCUGAACGAACAUCAGCACUACUCUCUCGAUUACACCAGAAGCAUGCCACGACUAGUGAUAAGCGAACAUGGGUAGUUGGCGGGAAAGACGCGAAUGCGGACCUGAAGGAGUUUGGCCUGGCACGGCAGAACACCUCUGCCGGUGUCAAGCGAAGCUUUACGGAACCGGUAACGAAAGACAACAAAGCUACUACCGCGAACGGCACAAAUGGCGUCAAUGCCAUUUCCAGCGACCUUGCAGGAUUAGACCUGGACAUCGACACGAAUAAGGUAUUAAAAGCUCCGAACCUUGCCAGCGCCGCCCACUUGAGCCCGGACUGGGAACCUGGAUACAUUCGCCUUCUACUUCGCGGCGAGGGCAUACUGUAUGAGGACCAGCAAAUACAAGUAGGUCUACGGACAGAAUACCGGGGCCAGCUGGGGGCGCUCAUCUUCUACUUCACAAACAAGUCUUCGUUUCCGAUCGGAUCAUUUACCACCACGGUCGAUAAUAGGUCUUCGGAGACGCUGAAAUCGGACAUCAAGGGAUUGCCUGAUACCUCGAUUGCACCAGAGGGCCAGACUCAACAAACGAUCAUGUUCGAAUGCAAAAAUGUCUUUAUAGAUCCACCAACCAUCCGGAUAUCGUACCUCGCAGGCGCGCUACAAGGCCUCACGCUUCAACUCCCAGUACUACUUCACAAGUAUAUGGAAGGUGCCGAACUGAGCGCAGAGGACUUCUUCAAGCGAUGGAAACAAAUUGGCGGUGCUCCACGUGAAGCACAGAGCAUUUUCGGCCUUGUUAGCAAGAACCGGACAAUGAAUUCGGAGUUUGUGCAAAAGGUAGUCAGGGGCUUCAAGUGGGGUAUCGUUACUGGUGUCGAUCCAAACGCAAAGAAUAUCGUUGGCGCGACAGUGCUCCACUCAAGUGAGGGCAAGUUCGGGUGUUUGCUAAGACUAGAGCCGAACUUCGAUACUCAGAUGUACCGCAUCACCAUCCGCGCAACCGACGAAUCCGUCCCACCAGUACUGAUCAAAGCUAUGGAGGACCGACUUUCGCAAGGCAUCGAGGGCAUCCCCUAGGCCACCAAUAUUUUCACUGCCCCCUUUGAGUUGUGUCGAGGACUUGGAAGCGUUGACUGUUCAUAAAGUAAUGUAUUUUGCGAGAGAGUUAGCAACAUCCUUUUAGGAGAAUUUGAGGGCUGUCUGUGUAGCAUUUCUUGAGUGGAAAAGUAUUCAGACGGCAUACCAUUUCUAUCUUGUUUAGCAUGAGCAAACAUAUUGAAGCGUUUCGAAGCGGAUCCGUCGCGUCUUGUUCCACUACCACACUACUUCUAUUCUUUUAGCACCAGAUCAAUUUUCUGCAGUUGGUAAUACAUUACGAUUAUGAGGCCAGCAAUUAAUGAUAGCUAUCUAGUCGCAAAAGGAAAAGAGCUGUCC